AUGCAACAUGGUGAUGACGAUGACAGUAACGAUGAUAAUAAGAACGUUUUAAAAGGUUUAAAUCGCCUCAAUGAAUACAUAUCGCAUUAUGAAACACUUAGUUACGAUCAUGAACAUAUACACACUAGUCAUAUGAGGGCUAAACGAUCAGUGACCAAAGAUCAUUAUAUUAAUUUAAAAUUAAAUGCACAUGGAAGAAAUUUCCAUCUUAGAAUAAAACGUGAUUUAGAAACAUUUAGUGAUAAGUUAGAGGUCCACAGUACUAAUGGUCCAAUAAAUGUGGACACAUCCCAUAUAUAUGAGGGCCAUGUGAUAGGUGAAAAAAAUAGUCGAGUAUUCGGUUCAAUAAUUAAUGGUGUAUUUGAGGGUAAAGUGAUAACAAAUAAAGAUUCAUAUUAUAUUGAAAAUGCUAAGCAUUAUUUUCCAAAUCAUACGUACAAAACGGAAGGUUUUCAUUCUGUAAUUUAUAAUGAAAAACAUGUUGAAGAUCCUUAUAAGGAUGUGAGAGAAGGUCAUCAUGCUGGUUGUGGUAUAACAGAUGAAGUAUCCCAAUGGAUGGAAAAUAUUCAAAAUUCAGCUGUAUGGGAUGAUGAAACAGCAUUACCAGAAGAGUUGCCAACACCUAUUAGUGGAAUUGAUCAACCAAAACAAAAUGAACAUCAUAAAUUAAAAAUAAAUGACCAUCAAAUGCCUGAUAUAAUUUUAAAACCAGAAAAACGUAGUGGCAAUAUUAAUAAUAAUAAUAACAAUAAUAAUAAUUAUCCUUCAGAAAAAUAUAAUGUAAAUUUUGAAUUACCAUAUCAAAUUUACUCAAAGGAAGCAAAUUAUCGUAAUGAAAAAUUUAAUGAAAAUAAUUUGAAAGCAAAUAGUGAUAAUAUAGAAAAAAGAAAAGAUAAUCAUAAUAAAAAAGAAUCAAAAAAUUAUUUAAAUAGUUCAUAUUAUGAAACGAUAACCGAAGAUUGGCAUAAAAAAGCACAUGAACGUGUCCGGAGAGCCACAACUACAAAUAGUCGUUCAAGAGAAGAUAAUAAAAAUACAUGUUCUCUUUAUAUUCAAACAGAUCCAUUAAUAUGGCGGCAUAUUAGAGAAGGAAUAGCUGAUCAUGAUCGAGGAAGAAAAUCAGAAAUUGAUGAGAAAACUAGAGAAGAAAUUUUAUCUUUAAUAGCACAUCACGUCACUGCCGUAAAUUAUAUUUAUCGAAAUACAAAAUUUGAUGGAAGAACUGAACAUAGAAACAUUAGGUUUGAGGUCCAACGUAUCAAAAUUGAUGAUGAUUCAGCAUGUCGGCCAUCUUAUAAUGGUCCGCACAAUUCUUUUUGUAAUGAACAUAUGGAUGUGUCAAAUUUUUUAAAUCUUCAUUCACUAGAAGAUCAUGGAGACUUUUGUUUAGCUUAUGUUUUUACAUAUAGGGAUUUUACUGGUGGAACUUUAGGAUUAGCAUGGGUUGCAUCAGCAUCUGGUGCAUCAGGUGGUAUAUGUGAAAAAUAUAAAACAUAUACGGAAACCGUUGGAGGACAAUAUCAAAGCACAAAACGUUCUCUUAAUACGGGAAUAAUAACAUUUGUUAACUAUAAUAGUAGAGUACCACCUAAAGUAUCACAAUUAACUUUAGCACAUGAAAUCGGUCAUAAUUUUGGAUCACCACAUGAUUAUCCACAAGAAUGCCGUCCUGGUGGAUUAGCUGGUAAUUUUAUAAUGUUUGCUAGUGCAACUAGUGGCGAUCGUCCAAAUAAUAGUAAAUUUUCACCAUGUUCCAUACGAAAUAUUUCGAAUGUUUUAGACGUUUUAGUUGGAAAUCAAAAACGUGAUUGUUUCAAAGCAUCCGAAGGUGCAUUCUGUGGUAAUAAAAUUGUCGAAUCUGGAGAAGAAUGUGAUUGUGGAUUUAAUGAAGAUGAAUGUAAAGAUAAAUGUUGUUAUCCACGUUUAAUUAGUGAAUAUGAUUUAAGUUUAAAUGCAUCAGCUAAAGGAUGUGCUCGACGUGCUAAAACUCAAUGUAGUCCUAGCCAGGGACCAUGUUGUUUAAGUGAUUCAUGUACUUUUGUACCACAACAUUACCAUCAGAAAUGUAAAGAAGAAACAGAAUGCUCAUGGAGUAGCACAUGUAAUGGUUCAACACCGGAAUGUCCAGAACCAAAACCACGUGAUGAUAAAACAAAAUGUAAUAAUGGUACAGCAUUGUGCAUUAGAGGUGAAUGUUCUGGAUCAAUAUGCUUAUUAUGGAAUAUGACAGAAUGUUUCCUAACAUCACAAAUUGUUCCACAUAUCGAUAAAAGACAGUUAUGCCAAUUGGCAUGCCAAAAUGGCAAUGACACUAAUACAUGUCGAAGUACAAGUGAAUUUGCACAUUUAUAUGAUUUGCCAGUUGGAGGAAUUAGUUUAAGACCAGGUUCACCAUGUGAUAACUUUCAAGGAUAUUGUGAUGUGUUUUUAAAGUGUCGAGCUGUCGAUGCUGAAGGUCCUUUAGUACGAUUAAAAAAUUUAUUAUUUAAUAAGGAAACAUUAUUAACGGUAGCACAAUGGAUUACCGAAAAUUGGUAUGCCGUUGUAUUAAUGGGUAUAUUAUUUAUAAUUGUAAUGGGUAUAUUUGUAAAAUGUUGUGCUGUUCAUACGCCAAGUUCAAAUCCUAAAAAACGACCAGCACGUAGAAUUAGUGAAACAUUAAGAAGACCAAUGAAUACUCUUAGAAGAAUGAGACAUCCUCAUCACGGGCAGCAUGGUAGAAAUGUGGGACCGCGUAGUGUACCACCUCCAGGUCAUGAUCAUAGAUCAAGAGCUGAUUGGGAUCGAAGAGCACAUCCAGGUGGUCCACCACAUAAUAGUCGAAAUGGUCGUAGUGAUGGUGGUAGACAUCAUCAUUCUGGUAGACCUACAAGUGGUACUAGAGGAGGACAAGGUUCAUCUGGUGCUAGUGCAUCACAUCAUGGGUAUGCUGGUGGUGACGGGCGUGGGCCACAAUAUUAUCCGCCGAAAGCCGUGACCGGGCAACCAGUAAAUUAUAAUAAUCGACCAUUAUCAACUCAUAGUAAUGCACCACCACCAUCAGAAUUAUAUGCUGAUGGUUUUCCACCACGUAAUGGCCCAUCUGGUAUUGUUCAUAUGGCAGCAGCACCACCAUACCAUGAAAUAUCAUCAGCACCACCAUUACCAUCAUCUGUAUCACAACAACAGCAAAUGCAACCAACAAUGCAGCCAACACAAAUGCAUGUUCAAAUGCCACCGCCACAACAACAACAGCAUCAAAGAAAUGUUACAAGUAAUAAUAAUAAGGUUUGACAAGAAAAAUUGAAAAAAAAUAAUAAUAAUAAUAAUAAAAAGAAAUUUUUAACUAAAAAUAAUAAAAAUAAAAAUAAUAAAUCUAAUAUAGUAACAACAAAUAAUAAUCAUAAUAAUAACAAUAAUAAUGAUAGUAGUAAUAAUAAUAUUAAUAAUAUUAUUAAUAAUAAUAAUAAUAAUACGAAUAUUAUAAACAGUAACAGUAAUUAUCAUAAUAAUUUU